AUGGAUGACCUCUAUGACGAGUUUGGCAACUUCAUCGGCGAAGCCGUCUCCGACGAAGAGGCAUCCCAAGAUGGUGAGGCCCCCCAACAUUAUGUCUACGACGAGGAGUCCGAGCCCGAGGAGCAAGCUCCUGCGGAUGAAUCUAUGGACGUCGAUGAUGAAGGACCCUCCAAUGCCGUAAUUUUGCACGAGGACAAACAAUACUAUCCCACGGCGCAGCAGGUAUACGGGGAAGAAGUCGAGACCUUGGUACAGGAAGAGGAUGCACAGCCGCUCACACAACCGAUAAUUGCGCCCGUCACGCAGAAAAAAUUCCAGGUGCAGGAAGCAGACCUACCUCCGGUCCACUACUCGAGAGAGUUCAUGACCGAUCUCCUCAAUUUUCCCGAAGGUAUCAGAAAUAUUGCUGUGGCGGGACACCUACACCAUGGCAAGACAGCAUUCGUCGAUAUGUUGGUCAUGCAGACACAUGAUUUGGAGGAGAGGCUGGAUAAGAGGGUAGGCAGGAGGAGGGAUGAACAAUUAAGAUAUACCGACACACAUUUCCUAGAGCGGGAACGAGGCAUAUCGAUUAAAGCCGCGCCAAUCAGCAUGGUCAUGCAAGGCACAAAAGGGAAAUCGCACAUCCUCAACAUCAUUGACACCCCUGGUCAUGUGAAUUUCGUGGAUGAGGUUGCGUCGAGCUUGCGAUUGGUUGAUGGGGUGGUGCUCGUCGUGGACGUGGUGGAAGGGGUUCAGAUCAACACCGAGCAAGUCAUUAAGCACGCUGUUUUGGAGGAUAUACCCAUGGUUUUGGUUAUAAACAAAAUGGACCGCCUAAUCCUCGAGCUGAAGAUCCCACCGACAGACGCGUACUUCAAACUAAAACAUGUCGUCGAAGAGGUCAAUACAGUCAUCGAGAACACCAUUCCGGGCCGUGGCGAAAAGAGGCGGUUGUCGCCCGAAAAGGGCAACGUGGCUUUUGCAUGCACGUCCAUGGACUGGGUGUUCACAUUGCCGUCGUUCGCAAAGAUGUACGCCGAAACGUACCCAAAGGUCGACGCCACCGAGUUUUCCAGGAGGCUAUGGGGCGACAUCUUCUUCAACCCUCGAAGCCGAAAGUUCACCCGAAAAGGGAUGGAAGAAGGGUCAAAGAGGGCUUUCGUGAAUUUUGUGCUGGAGCCCAUUUACAAGCUGUUCUCCCACACCAUCAGUGAAAGCCCUGAAGACCUUGGACCGACUCUACAGACGCUAGGUAUCACGCUGAAACCGUCACAGCUCAAAUCCGACGCAAGGGUGUUGCUUAAACUGGUGUGCGCUCAAUUUUUUGGGACUGCAAGUGGUUUUGUCGACAUGGUUGUGCAACACAUACCUUCGCCUGUCGACGGCGCGAGGAGGAUGCUCGACAAUUAUUACACAGGUCCUCAAGACUCGAAAGUCGGUGAGUCAAUGUCAAAUUGCGACUCGGACGGACCCUUGGUUGUGGAAGUUACAAAGCUCUUCAGCUCCGCGGACGCCAAAACAUUCAACGCAUUUGGUCGCAUCAUGUCCGGUACAGCAUCAGCGGAUCAGGUCGUUCGCGUUCUUGGAGAGGCAUACAGCCUUGAAGAUGAGGAAGAUUCGACCACUGCAACGAUCAUGGGCGUACAAAUCGCCUGCUCGCGGUACAACAUUCCGGUCUCCGGGGUGCCUGCGGGAAAUCUCGUGCUUCUCUCCGGAAUUGACAACUCCAUCGUCAAGACAGCCACAGUUGUCUCUGAGAAAUACCCAGACAAUGAGGAUGCCUAUAUUUUCAAGCCGAUUCGUCAUUUCACGGAGUCCGUCUUCAAGGUCGCCGUGGAACCUGUUAACCCAUCAGAACUGCCCAAAAUGCUGGAAGGCUUGCGCAAGAUCAACAAGUCAUAUCCCCUCAUCACCACCAAGGUUGAAGAAUCAGGAGAGCACGUUGUCUUAGGAACAGGUGAACUAUACAUGGAUUGUGUAUUACACGACCUGCGGACGCUGUACGCCGAAAUGGACAUCAAAGUCUCGGAUCCCGUCACCCGAUUCUGCGAGACCGUGACCGAAACAAGUUCUAUUAUGUGCUAUGCACUGACGCCCAACAAGAAGAACAAAUUGACCAUGAUCUCGGAACCACUGGAUGAUGGAAUUGCUGAAGAUAUUGAGGCUGGCAUCGUCAAAAUCCGAGAUCCAAUCCGGAAAGUCGCCAAGUUCUUUGAAGAGAAAUACGAAUGGGAUAAACUGGCUGCUCGAUCAAUAUGGGCAUUUGGUCCAGACGAGAUGGGACCCAACAUUCUAUGUGACGAUACAUUGCCUUCUACCACGGAUAAAAAGCUGCUCAAGUCUGUGCAAGAGAGUAUCAAGCAAGGCUUUUCGUGGGGCACGCGUGAAGGACCCCUGUGCGAAGAGCCCAUCCGCAACACCAAAUUCCGUGUCACAGGUGCUGAGCUAGCAACGGAGCCUAUAUUCCGAGGAGGUGGACAAAUCAUACCGACCGCACGACGAGCGGUGUACAGUUCCUUCCUGAUGGCGAGCCCUCGACUCAUGGAACCAGUCUACAGUGUGCAUAUGACUGGCCCGGCGGACUCGAUUUCUGGCCUCUACACAGUGCUGAUGAAGAGGCGUGGACAUGUCGUUUCUGAUGGACCUGUGGCCGGGACGCCAUUGUACGCAGCUAAAGCCCUCCUCCCGGUGAUUGACAGUUUUGGAUUCGAGACAGAUCUGCGGAUCCACAGUCAAGGAGCUGCUAGUGUGUCGCUGGUCUUUGACCGCUGGGAUGUGGUUCCUGGAGAUCCAUUGGAUAAGAGCAUACGCAUCAGACCGCUGGAGAUGGCUGCGCCCCAGCAGGCGGCGAGAGACUUCGUGCUCAAGACGAGGCGGAGGAAAGGGUUGAGCGAAGAUGUGGAUGUUAAGAGGUUCCUGGAACCAGAGUUGCUUGCCGGAUUGAGAGAAAGUGGUGUUCUGGAUUGA